AUGAGCUCGGGACUGACGCCGGUCGAAGAGAAGCUCAUCUCGCUGAACUCAUGUUACGGGAGCUGGCCAAAGUGCUCCCGCACCCCUUUGCAAGCACUGGACGAGAUCCACAUCUCGUGGCAGGGCGCGGAGAAGCCGGCACCGAGCGACCUGUCGAGUCUCUUGUCGGUGAGGCGGCGGGUGGUCGAGAGGGCCCUUGUCUGGCUGAAGCGGAACAACCCCCACUACGCCGAGAUCGAGAUCGACGCGGCGGAGAUGGAGAGCUGGGGAGACUCGAUACACGGGGUACCGUCGUCGGUGUGCGAUCGUAUGGAGCGGAACGAGCCGUCUGGGUGGGAGAAAGCGCGGACGGCGCACGUUGUGCCGCCCACGGAACGCGCCGUGGACGAGGAGGGGCCGGUGGAGAUCGAGGAGCUCUUCGCCCUGCUCAACCAAGGACAAGAAGCCGGCGGCCAGGGUGAAGGUCACGGGCCCAACGGAGAAGGCGCGGUUCGCGAUGGAAGUGACGCCUGCCCCGACCAGAACGUUCCAGCGAUCAACGAGGUGACGUCUUCUGGCAUGUUCGCGCUCGACGGACCGCCAGACGUCGCGGACGUGGAGAAGCUGCAGUUUGCCUGUGACGCUGUUGGUGAAGGUGCCGACGACGGCCGUGCGGGCCCGAGAGCGUGGGUCGGGUCCCUAGCCGGGGGGGUUCGGGGGCGUGGCGACGGUGGUUGUGAGCCAUACAUCCGGGUUUCGCGGGGGGGUGAGUUUACCGAUUCCUUUGAGGCGUCCUUCUUUGCCAGGACGUUCCCGACCCUGUUCCCAUUUGGCGUUGGGGACCAAGAAAGGCUAGCGGCGGCGAGGGUCGAGUUGGAGAGCUCGGGUAAGACGACCGAUGGUGACGUGAAGGAGCUUCUCAGGAGCCUCUCGCUUUACGGCCACCGGCAGCCCAUGUCGAGAGAGGUCCGUCUCAAUAUGCGGCGGAAAAUCCAGUCGCUCAUCGUCGGAUAUGGCGUGCCGGCCAUCUGGUUCACCAUCAACCCGAACGACAUUACGAACCCGGUGAAGCUGCGACUGGCGGCAUACCGCACACGCGAUCCCGACGCGGCCGAGGAGUUCUUAGAAGGCCUUGGGGAUGCGUAUAAGCGGGCACGGCUGGCGAUAUCGGAUCCCAUGAGCUCGGCCGUGUUCUUCCACCGCGAGAUGAAGCUGUUCUUCGAUCAUUACGUGAAGGUCGGUGAAGAGUCGGUAUUCGGGCGCAUCGGCAAAUACUAUGGCGCCGUGGAGACGAACGAACGAGGGGCGCUUCAUGUUCACGGCUUGCUCUGGCUGCACGGGAACGCGCAUCUCAGCUCGAUGCUUGCCGACAUCCACGGGGAGGAUCAGGCGGCGUAUCGCGAGCGAAUCGUCCGAUACAUCGAUAGCGUCUUCUCAGAGGAUCUGGACCAGGAAAGUUUUGCGCCGUGCAAGCGGAGCGAUCUGUGA